AUGCGGUUGAGAAUAAACAGUCCCCUGGUGGCGUUAGGAUGUGGACAGUUCGCUUUAAGUUUGAUGCAAGUGAGUAAACUACAAAAUAUGUGAAAUUGAUUAAAAAUUCCUUUCAGGUGAUGUUCAUGUUUUAUUAUGUAAAAGUAUACCUGAAUGUAUUUCACGUUCCGAAUGUGUGGUUCAACAUCGCUCAAGGGCUUUUUAUGGUUUGGAACGCAAUAAAUGAUCCGAUUUUUGGAUACGUCCAGGUUUCUUCAUUUUAUUGGGAAUCGCUUAAUUGAUGGGUUUCAGGACACUCCUGGUUUUUGGCUCAAUUCUCGAACGGCUGUUAUCAAAUUUUUCGCUCCUUUUCUCGUCAGUUCUUUCGUGUUCAUGUGGAUUCCCUGGCGUACCACAGGCUCCACUUUGGAAGGAAUUCAUCUAGUUUUGUCGCUGUUUCUCUACGACGCUUUCUUUAGGUUUUACUGCUUGAAAUAUAUUUUGAAAACCAUUUUUCAGCGCUAUUGGCGUGGCUUGGAGCGCCCUUUUUGCUGAUUCAACAAAGGAUCCGCAACUAAGAGUUUCCGCCAUGAAAUACUCCCAAAUCAGCAUCUUGUUAUCCGUCAACAUCAUCUCAAUCACUGAGAAACUCAGCUUCAGUUUGGAGGUUUCAAAUAUUCAAUUCCUUCUUAUUUCUGAUUCAUGAAGUAGCUUUUCAGUAAAUUUAUUAUUUGCUUUGCAGAGAUUCGGCGUUUUCCAAAUAAUCACAGUUGUCGUGGCUCUUCUGGCCCUGGGAUGUCUUUACACGGCGGGUUCUUUGAGAACGACUUCCUUUCCCCGAAAUAGGAGAAAAACGGGCGAUACGGAGGCUCUGAUGAGCAGUCGCGAUGAUUCUGACAACGAACCCAUCAUUGAGAAAAAGUUAGUUUGACUAGUGAAAAAACUUCUUACAGAUUUGUAUGAAUUCACAAAGAGAAAGGAAGAGUAGAGAUUUUGAGGUUCAUCUGUUCAAAAUAAAAACCCUGCGCUCGGAAAAAUAUAUGUUAUUAAACUUCUUAUGUAUUCUAAAAUUGGUUGAACAGUUAUUUCGUAGAAACUAAACAAGAUUUAUAUUUUACACAACUGAUACUUUCUGAAUUGAGAAAUCGGAAAAUGAUCUGAUAAUUUCGCAGGAAAGGCACCGAUUUGAGUUUCGCCUGGGAAACGACCAAGCAAAUCGUCAAAGAAAAAGAUUUUUUGGCGAUCAUCGCGGCCAAUUUCCUACAUAACAUUAGGUGACUUUCUUUUUUGAAGGAAUCUUUCUAAAAAUAAACUUGUAGAAGCGUAGCUCAUCUGAAUUUCGCGUCGAUCGCCACAGAAGUCGUCAUUCCUCAGAGCAUUUUGGCCAAAGGCUCCAUUCAGUUGAGCAUUUUUCUACGGAAUCGUCACUCUGGGGCCUCAGGUUCGUUCUUUUAAAAAGUUAUUUUACUGUAAAUUAAUUUUUUGGUACAAAAUUUCGUUGGCGAUCUCAAAAUUUUUUGGGUCUAACAGAACACUUUCAUGUUUUAGAUGAACAAUCUUCCUUAAAAUUUGUUCCUUUCAAAUUCUCGACAAAAUAUUUUUUUUCCAGCUUCUUCUGAUUUUCAACGAGAAUUACGUGUCCAGACAAGGCGCCUACCGCGUCAUGAUCCUCAGUUAUUUUCUCACGUUUCUCUCCGGAUUCAUGUAUUUCUUUUCGUCUAACCCAUAUUUCGUCCUCCUUUUCAUGAUCAUCGACAGGUUUUUUUAAAACAUCAAGUUGUAUAAAACAAAAAAGUAUUUAGUAUGUAUAACUAACUGAAUAAAGGAUAGAUCACGUGGACGAUUAGAUCAGGAAAUAGUAUAAAAGGGGUCCGAUUCUGCAUAGAGUCAUUCAAAGCCUCGACACCGCCUUCGCCUCCUAUUUCGGAGGGCUCCUCAUCGACGGCCGCCCAGGAAAAGUAGCACCACUACUUCUCAUUAACAAAGACCACAGUUCUGAACCUGUUUUCGGUAUAGCGCGUACGGAGAACGGGUUUGAAACUGUAAAGUCUUGUUGAGGAGAAAGGAGAAUAAGUAGCGGUGCUAUUUUUCCUGGGCGGUCGUCGAUGGGGCGCCCUCGGAAGUACCCUUUUCAGAGCUCUUCUAUACUAUUUUCAUGUUGUAAUCUUCCACGUGAUCCAUUUCUUUUCUAGUGAGUUAUACAUACUCCACAAAAACAGAAACAACUUUUCGAGUUGGUUUUAUUCGAAAAAGUCAAGGAAUUUUCUCCAUUCACCAGCAUCUUAGGAUGAAAAUAACUACGAAAAGCUUUUCCUACUCUACUUUCCUAAUCGCUUCAAGACCCUAAUUUCAGAUUUUCUGAAGAAAAAUGUGGAUGUAUAGUGACGCGAAAAGCUCAAACGAGUUUUAAAAUAAAAAAGCGGUGAAAACGAAAAUUUAAUCUUCAGAAAGAAGGGAACGAUUUUGCUUUUGGUGAUCAACUAUUAUUAUAUUCAAUUAGAGAGUUAUUGCUGAAAUUUUUUUUUGAUAAAACUCCAAUAUUUGGAUUUCAGUGUAACUGUCCACUCAAUCGCCCCCCUUUUCAACAUCGUUUUGUCCGAUUUCAUCGAUGAUGACGCCUCGAGACACAGUCGAAAGUAGGUUUUUUUUCACAGUUGUGUCAAAAUUGGCUGAUGUGUUGAAAAUGAUCGCAAGUAAACUUUUACGUUAGUUCUUAUUGAGAAAGUUUUCAAAAUUUCGUGGAAAGCUAUUUGAAAAGUUCUUUUUCGAUUUUCCUGUAUACAUUUCACACCAGAAACGAGAUAGGCGCCAAAAAAAGGGCAAGAAUUUCACUAUAGUUCAAUUUGUUUAUUUUUUCGCAACAUCGGGAUGGUAUGGUGAUGUUGCAGUAAGGGAAAAAGACCACUAGGUGGAUUAACUAACCCCACCUGUGAAGAAAAAAAAAAAAAGUUUUUUGUGUAAGAAAAGAAACAUAGAACCAUAAUAAGUAGAUAUUUAAAACCAAGUUGAUCAUGGCACAAAUCUGUGAGCACUUGAAAGAAUAUGCUCGACGCCAACAUCUUCUGCAUACACUAAAAACAUGUCCUUAAAUUUUUUUUGUCUUCCUCUGCCAAUAAUUCAUGUUCAAUGUCAUUCCAAACAUUAGUAAUGCGAUGUGAUAAGAAAUUGAAGAAAACCAGUGAAGGUUUCGUUUUUAUUAAUUUAAAACCAUUUCCUCUGAGCUGACUGGGACUGUCAAAGAUGUUAUGUACCUGGAUGGGAGAGUCUGACCAGCAAAAACUGAUGUGAUAAUACCAGAUCCUUAACUAAACGCCUAAACCAAAGAGGUUGAAGACCUAAAAGUUUUAACCGUUCAUUAUAUUCCAUUCUUGGGGAAAGGCGCUUCGUGAAACGUUAGUAGAAACAGUAGCGAAAUUUGAAGUGAUGAAACCCAAAUAAGUUUUAGGACUGGAGUUUCCUCGGUAGUGUUCAGUUUGAACGCGCUGUUCGUGAAACCCGCGCAGAGUCUGGCGCCGAUUGUCAUCGUAUACGUUCUCAACUUCUAUGGCUACCAGGUUGAUCUCUUUCCUUUUUAUUUCGAAAAUUUCAUUGAGUUCUCAAAUAUCUUGAGACAGUUCCAAGAACAUUUGCAGGUAGAUUGAUAAGUAAUGAGGCCCAAAAAUUAUAUUGGGAAGAAAUUUCCAAACUUCUGAAAUGAUAUAAAUUUUUCUUUGAAAUCUGUUGAAGAGGCAAUCAAAAAAAAUUUUUUGCAUUUUUUUGUUAGUGAAAAAAAGAAUCCAUCAUUUUUAUAUAAUCUGUUCAAAAAACACUUUACUGGAGUCCUUAACGGCGCAGACUCCAUCUCAUCCAUAUAUUAAAUUGCUCGCUGAUUUCAGGAUUAUCUCACCUCGAAAAUCGCCUCGAACUCUCUGCAAAACGCCAUGACGGUCGUCCUUUUCGCGACGCCCUUUUUCGUCGGCGGAUUGCAGUAUUUAAUUUUCAAGCCUUAUUCGCUUGGAAAUUUCCAUGUAAAAACAAAAUUAGAGAUGGAAGAUGUUUAACUCGUUGUAAAUAUACCUUCAUGUGUAAUAUUUCUUUCUUCAUAUCUUUUGUUAUCUUUUUUAACGGGAUUAAUAAUACUAACACUUUUUCCGUAGUGCAUAUGGACUAAUGAUAUUUUUCUGGCUUUACUCGUUCAUUGUAUUUACUUCGAUGUAUAAUUUUUUUUCACGGGUUAUUAGUUUGGAUGGCUUAGAUAUUAAUAAAAGUUUUUCAAGUGAAAAUGUCUUGAGUUGAAGAUAGUUGAGUUCUCGAUGAAUUUCUCGGAAAAGUGUGCUCCUGAAUUCAUUAUUUUUUUCAUAUUUUUCUGUAUAAUCGACGAGAAGUGAAGAAAAAACUUUACGCAAUUUUUUUUAGCAGCAGCUGAUAUAUAUAUAUUAUUUGCAAACCUGGCUUAGGAAAAAAAAAAGUAGCGAUGUCUAAAUCUCCACAAGUCUCACGCUCUUUCUUUUAUCUUUUCAAGACUUUUUUCCGAAAGUCGACUUUUUAAAAAUUGGAACGAGUCGGCUAUGAAUCAAAUUAACACCAAAAUUGGACUCAUAAUUGUUUCUCACUAGGCUUUUAACAUAAAAUUCAAUGAUUUCGCGUUGAGACCCGAAAUGCUGCUGACACUGGCGGUUACGGUAGACGGCUUGAAGGCCUGGGUCCCUUGCUCCCUUCUUUCGCUGUCCAUGGUACCGUACGCGUCGGCGGCCCUAGCAGCUGGCGCCGUUUCUACAGUACUCCCGGACAGGCUGGCUCAGGUUUGCUUUUUUUUUUCACAGUAUAGCCGAUUCAUGACUAGAUUGAGAAGCUAUGGGGCGUGGCCUGUCUGCGCUCUCUACCAGCCAGGCACUGUCUCUUUUAUUAUCGUGUCAGGACCCUUUUUUUUUAGUGGAUCAAGUCAACCGUGAAUAAGCUAUACCACUGGUUUCCAUGCGAAACUUGAUGGUUUUUGUGAAUUUUUCUGUAGAAUCGUCAUUUCAUCCUCACUAUUUGCAUGUUGCAUCCUUUUUUCUCGUCAAAAAGAGGAAAAGGCUUUUUUGAGAAGUUAGGAACUGUUUUAAAAAAUCCAGCUGCGGCGUUUAAAGGCCCAGAUUGCUUCAAAUAACCCUGAAAAACACCUCUUCAAACCCUCUUCAAACCCAGUCAAACAGUCAUUCCGAAUGAUUUAUAUCACCAAAUUUAGUAAUUUCCAGAAGCUAGACAACACGCUCUACCGUGGCUACAUGCGCCUUUGUCUUUUCGUUUUCGAAAAUUUAUCGGGAGUGCAGGUUUUUUGUAAUUUUCUGAAAGUUAUCGAAAGAAUUUUCAGCUCAAACUUUACGGCGACGUGCAGGGUCUGAAGGAGAAACCCGAAAAAGCGCUCGUUCUUUCCAACCACCAAACUAACGGUUUGAAGUGGGGAUACUUCGGAAUCCGUUGGUUGCAGUGGAUUGGGCGGUUCUGGUGAUGUUGGCGGCGCGCCAAGGCGUCGACGGCAACGAGGCUGGAUUCCGCGUCAUGGUCAAGCAGGCCAUUCACUUUGUCCCCCUCUUCGGAUGGUACAUUUUCCAGGUACGAGAGCUUGGAGCUUAAAAUCUGCACUGGGAUCGGACAAUCAUGUUGAGGAUUUUUACAAGGGAUCCUGACGAAAAUAUAUUGAAAAUCGAAUCGAAACGAUCGAAAAACGACUCAAGGAUUUAUGAAAAUUUUGAAAAUGUUCAAAAUACAUUUUGUUUUUGUUUACAGCACGGCUACAUCUACGUCCGAAGAUUCGGCGAUUUUGUCGGUGAGCCGGUUCUCCGACAGCUCCGUUGGCUCAAUGAGCUGGAGGACCCCUAUUGGCUGUUGGUUUUUCCUGAAGGCACCAGGUUCACCAGGAAGAAGCCCCAGUUGAUCGCAAGUAGUCAGGAAUUCUGCCGUCGGCAGGUCCGCAAAGUUGAAAAGACGUCCGAAAAAGGGAGUUUGAGGGCAGGAAAGAACUGGAAGACGUGCUGUGUCCACGUUCCGGCGGCAUCCAAAUGGCCCUCGAAAGACUCGGAACUCUCGACGCGGUUUAUGACGUCACCGUCGCUUAUGGACAGACCCGGUGAGAUGAGAUUUGAGUUGAUUUCUUGGCAGCUGAGUUUGUAAAAUACGCUUUGAAAGAAAAAUAACACACUUGACCUCCAAUUUAACCACUUACGAGAAAAAUAUUUCACAUUUUUGCAAUCGCUUUUCUGUUCUGAAAAAUAUCUUUUUUUUCGAGGUGAGUCAAAUCUUCGAAGAACGAUAAAAGAUUUCGAACACAUUGUUACAGUGUUUAAAAACUGAUGAUCAAACAUACCCUAGAUAAUUUGAAUUAAUUUAGAAAGAAUUUUUGAUGAGAAGAGCCGUUUCGCAAUAAAUUAAGUCUCACCUAAAGGCCUCUCGAAAGAAAAAAACCAGAAAAAAAGGCAAAAUAAAAAAACAAGAAAAAUGAAAAUUGCGAAGUCAAGGCCAUGCAAUAUUUAUGCGGCUUUGAAAACCAAAAAAAAAUUUUUUGAAGAACUUCAUAAUUAUUCGUGUAGGUUCACGGGAAGACGAGGUUUGGCGCCAGGAAUGUUCGAAUUCGUUUGUGGCCCCUUGGCUGGACGCAGCCUUCACGUCCACGUCAAACGGUUUGAUGUGAAAGAAGUUUGUCAAAAUUCUGAUCGAAAACGGAUAUCUGACCUUUUCGAGGUUCCCAAGGACAAGGAAGGCUUGCGAAAUUGGAUGUUUGAACGAUACGAGCAGAAAGAUAAGUAAGUCCCUCAUUGAAAAAAUUUCUCGAAAAGGCGAAAAAUCAUAAUUCCUGUCCAGAGGGCUUUCAUCGAGUAACGAAAUGAAUCACAAUAGAGGAAAUUGUUGUAUUAUUUUUUUCUUAUUUUUCAGUUACGGGUCUAAAGAAUUGAGAACUCACUCUAAUAUAUUUUUCUAUUGAAGUUUUCGCCCAUUUUGCCUGAAACUGAUCUUGGAAGUGUUCCAAACUCUUUGAGGUCUUGGUAUAUUUUUGUGCUACUGUAGCUUUUUUUCAGCUGUGUUUAAAAAUGCGAUCUUAUUUCGCGGACUACACUAAACUGAAUGCUGGAUUCUUUGCAGAAUGAUGGCGACGUUCCUCGAGAAAGGCGAGUUUCCAGAAGCAUCAGAGUCGCCGGCGGCGGUGUCGAUCUGGCGAACUCUGCCGCCGACGGCCCUUUUCUGCGCCGCCCUCGCGGCUCCUUUCUACUUUUCCAGGGUCAAACAGCUCUACAUCUACACUAUCGCCAGCUCGCCGCUGCUCAUCGCCUGGUUGCACCUUCGGAAGUGUGUCUAA